AAAAUACAAAUAUUCAGAUGUGCAUCGAUACAAGAAAAUUUAUUUUUCGAAACUUGCGCACAACGUUGAUGAAGGUUAUUUAAAAAUGGCGGACGCAUGGUCUUCCGACACUACCUCAGAUUGUUGUAUUGAAAGUUUCUCUGAUAUUAUGUCCGAAAAAUCGGAAUGCGUUGUCGUUGGUCAAAAACCUCGUCUUUCUUUUCAUCGAAGUAAAAUACAUUUCUUGCAAAAAUUAUUUAUAAGAGAAAUCAGAGGUAGUUUGUCAUUACAUAGCAAUGCUCUUGAAGAAAGACUGUUUGCAAGUGUACCUUCUUGGAGACAUUUGUCACUCUUGCAUGUCAUCCCAAAAUCGGCUCUCGUGGCAGGGCACAUCGUUAUGGGAUUGACACAAUGUGGACAAUUUUUGUUAACAUAUACAUAUAUGUUGGAUGUUAGUGAUAAUACGUCUUUGUAUAAGUAUAUGUUACAUUGGUGGGCAUUUACACCAAAUCGUGCUGCUCGUAAAGUGGCAGAAGUUACACUUUUUGGAAAUUAUUCUAUUCAUAGAGAACUUAAUAUAGUAAUAUCACAAUGGCCAAUGGAACGAAAUAAAUUAGUAAUACAUGGUCUUUGCCAUCAUUGGUUGCAUCAACAACCAACGGACAGAGCAUAUUUAACAAUAACUACGGUACCUUCUCUUGAUAACUGUAGAGAUUGUUUGAAAGUUGCUGCAUCAUACGAAGAAGAAGGAGAAGAUUUAGCUGAAAAUUGGGAUGGAUGUGUACGCUGCAACUGUUUGCAACAUGGACUUACUGUGCACACAUCAUAUGAAGUUAUGUCACCAUACCCAAAAUUUCAAGCUUCUGUGUGUUUAAAUUAUUGGAAUUAUGUAGUGGUUAAUACAGGAAAUUUUUUACAUGUGCUUAGGGUAGAUUUGGACAUUCCAAAGCACAAAAAUCAGAAGACAUUCGAUAAACAAGAUACUGUAGUUCCAGAUACCGUGCCACUAGAGAUGAGUGAUAUUGAAGAGAUAGAUUAUUCAAAGACAGAAUCUUAUGGAAAUUCCCAUGACAAAGUAGGUACUUUGGAGUGUUCGAUUAAUAAGUCUCCUCGAUUGGAGCCUUCUAUUGAUCAUGACUUUAUAGAUGAUUUGAAUAAAUUAGAUGAUAGAUUAGGACGUGAAUUACCAUUAAAUACCUCAAGCAGUAAUCAAAGCAACUGUGUCUGUGAUAUAAGUAAAUCUACUGAUGCUUUAAGUAUUAAAUUAUGUGAGUGUUCAGAUACCAUUGAAUGUAAGUGUCAAAAUCAAAGUCCUGUUUCUCGCAUCGAACAACAAGCUAUAUCGGUUAGAGAUAAAAUCUUACAGGACUUCUGUGAAGACAUGUCUCAAGAACUUAGUAUUGGUAGUGAUCUAAUAACUUUAGUGAAGCAUCCAUCGUGUUCUCCAAGAUCAACACCCCAAAGGCUUCCUCCUGAUCUCAGAGCAAUGGCGUGGUCAUCGCCUAUUUUUACACCACCUUCAGAUAUUUUAAGGACGCGCAAUUCAGAAUCUAGUCAUAAAAGUACAGGAGUAUCAAAGAAUAUACGUAAUCAACGAGCUAAUUCUCCACAACCUGGUGCUUCACAAGAUAACAAUGUAACUUCUAUAAGUUCUCCACUUCAUUCCAUUUCUAUAAGUCCAUCUUCAUCACAUUCUUCCCGUUUGAUGUCACCUCCUACAACGAGAUUUCUUCAUCAUCCUACUCCACGUAAACAAACAAAUAUGCACUCUCCUCCUCCAAUUAUUAACUCAACACAAUCUAGGACUAGAGCUACGCAUAAGCUUAUUCUUGAAGCAGAAAAAGCAUAUGAAUUUACUGAUGAAGCACAAGAAACUUGUGAAAAGUUAAGCUCAUUCAGAAAACGCAGGCUCGCUGAUAAAAAAUAUGAAUUUUGUGAUGAAAUAGAAGACGCAGAAAAUAUAGUUCCUUUUAAACACAUACGUGACCAAUUCAAACAUCGUGCCUGUUCCAUACAUCAAAUAUCUUCCUCUCCAACAAUGUCACCUGUAUUGUCUAAUGGGAAACGGCAUUGGGUAGAUUCUGAUCAAAGUGAGACUGAUGAAUUCAAUACACCUCAAGAUAUUUUAACCAAUGAUCCCGUUGAAACAAAUGAAAAAAAUGUAUUACGUCCUCUGAAUCAAAAUCAAUUAUCAAAUGGAAGUGUACAGAGAGAUCGAUUUGGAAAAUUUGGUUCAAAUUCACCAUUGGUUCCCAAAAUUAAUUUACAAUACCCUUAUAUAAAGUGUACUGCACAUUUCAGAAGAAGUUAUAUAGAAUUGGACGAUGAAAUGAUAUCUGUCAUUACUGAUGUUGAAGAUGAAGAAACUGGAGGAUACGUCAGUUAUCAAUGUGUGCUUCCAAUGCAUGUUCAUGGCUCUGGAUAUGUACAAAUGCAAAUGAUCAGCAACAGUAAAGCAGAAAAAUUGGCAGUACCUUACGUGUCUAUAAACCAGUUAAGUUUUGAUAUUGAGACAUUUUCUCAUCACAUUGCAGAUUGGAUUUGUACAAGAUUCAAUAAAAAAUAUUGGCAUUGUAGUGAUUAUGACAUUGAAAUAAUUGAUAUAUGUGCUCUUAGUGGUGAUAUUAUUUGUUUACUUAUCAUGAAAAUCCAAGCUAGUGAACUAUGUAAUCAAACACAAUGCACUCUAGAAAGAAAACAAUACGAAGUUGGAUGUAAAUUUACAUGGAAUAUAGAUUCAAGUGAAUAUAGAAUAACUGAUGUAUUACCAAUGGAAGAAGUUAAAGUGGAAUCCUCGAAAAAUAAUUCAACUCAAACACCAAAUUGCCGUUCUAAUUCAUUGUGGAAUCCGACGAGACGAUUAGCACCACAAUUGAGAGAGAAAAUUCAGCAGCCAUAUGCUCAUUCUGUUCGCUUUCUCCAUAAUGAAAUGAAUUUAGCUGGUGAAUCUAUAGUAAGACUCAAUGAUUUAGAUAAUUUGGUGGAAUUUUAUCUUACUCCAAUAACGAAUUAUCCAGUAACAGAAUGAGAAAAUAUCAAGUAACGACAUGCCGCAAACAAUAAUUUAUUUAUUAACGUAAACUUGUGAUUUCUAUACUGUUUAAGGGAACGUAC